AUGACACCGUAUUUACAGGGUGUUCAAUGCAUGGACUCCCAGCACCUGGCCGCCAGAAGUCUUUUGAUACUUUAUGGAAGCCAAACUGGUCAAGCAAAGGGUCUAGCAGAGAGGCUUUCACUCCAAGGGACAAGACUGUUUGCUGAAAGCAAUGAGAAAUAUGAAUUGGUUCGCCCUACUAUUCGACUCUUGUCCGCAAAUGAUUACAGACCCUUAUCUCGCUUACCUAAAGAGCGUGCCAUACUGCUUUUUAUCUGCUCUACGACUGGACAUGGUGAACCUCCAGAUAAUAUGCGCAUUUUUUGGAAUGGAAUUAUGAGUAAAUCUUUGCCAAUAGGCACGUCUUUGACUUCCUCUUCUAAGUUUGCUGUCUUGGGUCUCGGUAACUCAUCUUAUGGAAAGUACAAUCUGGUUGCAAAGGCCAUCUUUCGACGAUUUGUUCAACUUGGGGCCUCUCCGAUAGAUAUUAAGAGUCCUAUUUCGGAUCCUCAUUCUGAUAGUUGUAUAGACACGUUCCUUAAUCUUGGCCCACUUGGGCUUGCUGACGAACAGGCGUCCCUAGGCCAAAUGGAGCUCAUUUCCGCAUGGGUUCCUGCUUUUUGGAAUUCCUUAGCCGAAUAUUGGGGACUUAAAUUGGACAGUAAAUAUCUUGAUUGGAAUCAUUUAGAAAGUCCUAAAUUUGUUUCUUCACUUCCUUCUAAAUAUCUUAUUUGUGAAUUUCCUGAAAAUGGGUUUACCCGUCAUUCCUCUAUAAACAAUACAGUUGAAGUGUCUCUGCAAGAUAAAAUCGCCCGUUUUAAUGGUGCUUCGCGAAAUAUUUCCGAAUCGAGCUUGUUCCCGAGGUCUGAUUUGAAGUUAAUGAGAGUGGUCUCAAAUGACCGAUUUACUCAUCCUCACCAUUUCCAGGAUACGCGAUUAGUUAAACUAGAGCUUGAUGUGAGUAAGUCACUUUUUUAA